AGCCCCCCCACCCCCGUUGCCCGGACAACCGACUCCACCGCCGCCGGUGUCACCCUGCGGGCGGCUCCCUGGCCCCGGAGUGGCGCUGCUGGCCUGAGGCGGAGGAGGCCCAGAACCAGUUCGGAGGGUGCGAAGCGCUGGUCUCUGAGUGGGUUCAAGGCUCUGCCCAGAGGGACGAUCCCCGCCCCUUGCUGAUCUGGGUGCAGCAGAACUCAGGAGGUCCGCCUGUUUGGCGGAGGGGUUUGGGGUCAGCAGAGCGGCAUCUCAACAUCUUCUGUGGAGCUGACAAGCAAUUCCACUGUGGCCCAGAUACUUCCUAGCUGUGUGACGCUCGGCACUUAACCCCCAUUGCCUAGCCCUGUGCUGGUGAACCUAUGACACACAUGCUGGAGGGGGCUGCUCCCCUCCCCCCUUCCACCUCACCUGAGGACAUUUGGGAGCAUUUCCUCCAUCCCCUAUCUAGGGCUGUCCAGAGUGAUUAAUCAAAGGCUAAAGAUCUGAAGGCAUGAUGGGAAGAGAAAAAAACUAAACCAGCCCUGCUCAGCAAUGCAACAGGCGUGAUGGAGGUUGAAUCCUCAUACACAGACUUCAUCUCCUGUGACCGAACAGGCCGGAGGAACGCUGUCCCAGACAUCCAGGACGACUCAGCGGCAGUGAGCAUGAGGAAGCUGACGGGGGACAUGGGGGACCUGGCACUAGAAGGAGCAGAAGGACAGGCAGAGAGAAGCACAUCUGACAAGGAAACUGGUACCAGGCCUGAGGGGAGUGAGGGGACUACCACCUCCUGAGAGCUGCCUUUGCCCUGUUCCCUUUGUCCAGUGGCUGAAGGAAGAAACAAGCUGCCUGGGCUUCCUAAGAGGCAAACUUUCUGGCAUUCUCCCCAAGGACUACUUCCCUGCCCUACAGCAACUCUUCUGGGCACAGUGAAGCCAUGUGGGCUUCUGCAGACUUCCCUUUUCUUCUGCUCCACCCCCCAACCACAGAGGAAGCCUGUACUCCGGGCAGCUUUGCCCUGCUAUGGGGCCAUUGGUCUGAGGUCAGCCUCCAGAGGUGCUUUCCGAGCCCUCCCCCAGCCUAGGGAAUUGUGUGGCUUUGCCUACCAGGAAUUCCCUUUUCCAGGUCCACUUAGAUUAUAUACUGUAUUUGGCAAUUCAAAACGUAAUUUAUUUGGUUUGUACCUGUGGCACGGGAAUGGGGAGGUGCCACCUGCUCCCUUCCUUUGGAGGGCAGGUGGAAGCUAGGUCCCCUCCCUGGUCCUCUUGGGGGAGCCAUCAGCAGAGGCUUCAUGCCUCACCUUGACCCACUCAAUCCAGCUCAUUAAAUUCUGAGUGCCUACUCUGUUCAAGGCUCUGAAGAAAGCAAAAGAUGAGUCACAUCUGAUUGCUGGACUUAAUGUUUCAUCGCCCUUAGGACCAAAGGAGGGAUCCUUCCCAGCCCACAUAUCCAUUCCUUUUUACUCUUUUUAAACGUUUGACUUUAAAUAUUAGCCACCUUUUUUUCAGGGGGAGGGGAUGUAAAAAGGGGAGGGGGAGAUAGUGAAGACCAGCAGUUUAUCUCUGUGGGUUGCAGGGUGGUGACAAAGCACAGGGUGAAGGGGUGGGGGGUGGGUUAAUCAAUUCUUUGAUCUGUUUAGCUCAGACAAUGAUUCUCAAACUUCCAGACCCAUUCUUAAGGGAAUAACUUUAUUUCUCAAUUUGACUAAUUUGUGUCACCUUUCUACAAAGAUACUUGAUGCCUACCAGUUGGAAAAUAAAUUCAAACCUUUUGUGUGA